AUGGCGGUACCGCUGCGGGGGACCGAGGAGGUGCGUGAAGAGAAGGACGGGGACCCCGCGGCGAGGCCGGCGCUGGGGCGCUACUGGGAGGAGAUCGGGCAGCGCACCGGCCGGGGGCCGCCGCCGCAGGAACGCUGGCUGGUGAUCGAGAGGAAGGUGUACGACAUCAGUCACUUCUACCGGAGGCACCCGGGAGGGGCCCGUCUCAUCGACAACCAUGCCGGGCAGGAUGCCACGGAUGCCUUUGUAGCAUUCCAUGUUGACAAGGUGCUGGUAAGCAAGUACUUGAAGUCACUGCAGAUUGGGGAGCUGGCACCAGAUCAACCCAGUAUUGAGCCCACCAAAAAUAAAAUGCUGGUGAAAGACUUCCGUGAAUUGCGUGCUACUGUUGAGAAAAUGGGACUUCUGAAGCCAAAUCAACUCUUCUUCUUCCUGCACCUCGCUCACAUCCUCCUGUUGGAUGCUGCUGCUUGGCUCAUUCUGUUCUACUUUGGGACAUCCUUAAUGCCAUUUGUUGUCUCUCUGGUGGUGCUGACCAUUUCCCAGGUCCAGGCUUCAUGGUUACAACAUGAUUUAGGACAUCUUUCAGUAUUCACAAAGACCAAGUGGAACCACUUGCUGCAUAAGUUUGUGAUGUGCCAUUUGAUUGGGGCAUCGGCCAAAUGGUGGACUCUUCUGCACUCCCGGCACCAUGCCAAACCCAACUGCUUCCAGAAAGAUCCUGAUAUUGAUAUGCACCCUUUCUUGUUUACUUUGGGGAAGAAAUUCUCUGUGGAGCUUGGGAUCAAAAAGAAAAAAUACAUGCCAUACAAUCACCAACACAAAUACUUCUUCAUCACUCUUCCUCCGCUCCUGUUUCCUACCUACUUCCACUGCCACACGUUUUAUAUUGCAUACACAAAAAGGUAUUGGGUGGACUUGGCCUGGAUGCUGACCUUCUAUAUCAGAUUCUUUUUUACUUAUGGAUCAUUAUUAGAAAUAAAGAGUCUCCUGGCAUAUUAUUUUAUAUUCAGGAUGCUGGAAAGCAGCUGGUUUGUCUGGGUUUCACAGAUGAACCAUAUCCCUAUGGAUAUUUACUAUGACAACAAUUUGGACUGGGUGUCUACUCAGCUCCAGGCAACAUGCAAUGUUGAGCAGUCUCUGUUCAAUGACUGGUUUACUGGGCAUCUGAACUUCCAGAUUGAACAUCACCUAUUUCCCACAAUGCCAAGACACAACUACUGGAAGGUGGCUCCUCUGGUGAAGUCCUUGUGUGCCAAACAUGGCAUUGAGUACCAGUGCAAGCCGUUGCUCACGGCUUUUGCAGACAUUGUACACUCUCUGAAGAAUUCAGGAGAGCUCUGGCUUGAUGCCUACCUACACAAAUAA